AUGAUGGAUGGUAUACUGUACAAGGGCAACGGUGAGAACAUUUUCAUUUCUCAGCAGCCCCCUGUCAUCAGCAGCAUCAUGGGAAAUGGCCGCCGCCGCAGCAUCUCCUGCCCCAGCUGUAAUGGGCAGGCAGAGGGAAACAAGCUACUGGCACCCCUGGCUCUGGCCUGUGGAGCAGAUGGCAGCAUCUUUGUCGGAGACUUCAACUACAUCAGAAGGAUCUUCCCCUCUGGGAAUGUUACCAGUGUCAUGGAGCUGAGCAACAAUCCUGCUCAUCGUUACUAUGUAGCCACCGACCCAGUAACGGGACAGCUGUAUGUAUCAGACACCAACUCACGUCGAAUCUACCGACCCAAGAUGCUCAGUGGUGCCCGUGACCUCAUCAGUAAUGGAGAAGUAGUGGCUGGUACAGGUGAACAGUGUCCUCCAUUUGAUGAAGCGCGAUGUGGAGAUGGAAGAAAAGCUACAGAGGCACAACUCCUGGGACCUAAAGUAUCACAGGUCAAAGGUCGUGCAGAGGUCAGGUCAUUGCUGCCCAGCACUGUGGAGAUGAUUCCGUUACGAUCCACUUUCCUGAUCAUAGUCCCGUCCACAAAGUAG